AUGAAUAUCAUUGCUAAAACCUCAUUAUUACUGCUGCUUGCUACAUUACAAUUGGUUGCAUGCAAUACACUGCCAACAAAGACUGUCUUUGAUCUGCAAGCAAGAUCUACUUCAACUGGCGUCCCAACACAUGCUGCUAUACUCUCAAAAAGAGACGAUUUGGAUGAGGAGCAAAUAAAUGACUUGGAUUUAUAUCAAAAUUGGGCAAGCAUGUGCCGUAAUGGAGCCAACAAUAACAAUGCAUUGAUUGCUGCCACUGUUUCGGAUCAAGAGGCUGCUGCUACUACUGCUGUCGACAACUUGUCCCUCAAUAACCUUUGGAAGACAGUUACAGAAACAGUAAACUGUGGUGGUGGCCAUGCUAUGACUGUAACUAGAACAACAACGGUCAGUCAAUCCACAUCAACUUCCAAGCCAUCAUCCAAUUCAUCCAAAGGCGGCAAAAAGUCCUGUACUGGUCAAUGCUGGUCUGAUUACCUUUGGCAUACAUAUGGUGAUAGUAUUAGUCCAGCUCAAGGCUUCGCUGGCAUUGUGUGUAUUAUCGCUGGCUUAUACUUGCAAAUUCUUGGAUUCCGUUUUUUCCGCCCUACAUUGGGUCUGAUUGGAUUUGUAUUCUUUGCUACCAUGACUUGGAUUGGCCUUGUUAAUAGCGAACCCGCAGGCGGUUAUCCUCUAGGUGAUCUGAUCUACAUUUGUGUCAGCGCUGGAUUAGGCAUACUGGGAGCUAUCAUCUUGAUAUUUCUUUGGCCUAUUGGAGUCUAUUGUCUUGCAUGUCUUGGUGGCUUUUAUCUUGCCGUGUACUUUUUAUCUUGGAAGGAAGACUUGGUCAUCAUCAUUAAAGUCGCUCGUGUUUGUUUCAUUAUUGGGCUAUCCUUGCUAGGCCCUAUUCUUCUCUUCUUUGUGAGGAGCUACACGGUACUCUUUACAACAGGUUUGAUGGGUUCAUAUCUCUUUUAUUUUGGCUUGGAUUUCUUUGCUCAUACUGGUUUCAUCAACCCAUGGCUUCUCAUUUUCGAUGGUAAUCCAAAGCAUCAUAACGUCUACUUGAUGAGCACACCUAUCUAUGUGAUGCUAGCGUUUGUCUCUGUUAGUACAUUGAUUUCGUUUGGCUGGCAAUACUAUUACUGUAUUAUGUGCUUGGAGAUAGAGUUUGAUAUCGAUUGUCCAGAGGAACCAGCACCAGAAAAAGAGGAGCAAAAGGAAGAACCAGCUCUACAAUACGUUUGUAUGCCUCCACCUUAUUGUUCACCACAACCGAUGUUUCUGCAAAAUGUGAAUGCUGCUCAUUACGGUCAAGCGCCACAUUGUUAA